UGAGAGGGUGGGGAAGGGUCUUUAGUCAAUUCCAGGAGGAUUCUUUCCAACUUGAACUUGUCGUCGUGUCCAAUACUCUCAUGAACGCGGAAAGAAACUUUGUUUCUGAAAGACGAUGGACUCUGUGACUUCAGGGUCUUACACAAGCCCGAACUCCACGACGGGUUCGUCAACCGUGAUGAACGGACAGACUUCAUCCAUGGGUCGGGACGCGUCCCGAUCCGCGUCGCUGGAUGCGGAGCACAGGAUGAAAGUCAGGGAAAGCAUGGAAGGUCAAGAUUUAUUAGAGAGCAGCUUGAAGUUGAACCCAUAUGAGGCCCAGAAGUAUCGCAGGAAAGCACUGUGGGUGUCAUGGGUCUCCAUCAUCGUCACUCUCAGCCUGGCCGUUGCCGCCUUCACUGUUUCCGUCAUGAAAAACAGCGUGUCAGCCUUCGGCUUUGGCUUUGAUGCCUCGUUAGACGUUCUCUCCUCCAUCAUAGUGCUGUGGCGCUAUAAUAAUGCUGCAGCUGUGCACUCAGCAUACAGGGAAUGCAUAGCGUGCUCCAUCUUGGGGGUGGUAUUCAUCCUCUCCUCGCUAUGCAUUCUGGGAAAGGCCAUCCAUGACCUGGUGACCACGGUCUUGCCUGAGGUGGAUGACUUCCUGUUCAUUGUGUCCAUUGUGAGUGGGGUGCUGUGUCUCAUCCUGGCUGUGGCGAAGUUCCUGCUGGGCAAGGUCCUCACCAGCAGGGCCCUCAUGACCGAUGGAUUUAACUCGCUCGUCGGGGGAAUCAUGGGAUUUUCGAUCCUCAUCAGUGCGGAGGUCUUCAAACACCACGACAGCGUCUGGUUCCUUGAUGGCACUAUUGGGAUCCUCAUAGGCCUCACCAUCCUGGCGUAUGGAGUCAAGCUUCUGAUUGAUAUGGUUCCCAGGUUGCGGCAGACAGGGAGCUAUGAGCGCUUUGAGUGAGCGAUUGCCCAACAGGCAGCUGAAUGAGUUAUAGUUUUUGCUCCCCUGCCAUCUCUUUUUGUCUUUAUUUUGGCCACACUACAUUUCUUUAUCCACCCCUCCCUCCCUCUUAUUUUCUAAAACAGAGCCAUUCUCUGUUGAAACACUCCCCCGCCAUGUCAAAAAGUAACUGAGUUGGCGACCAUUGUGGUUUUACAGUAUUUGCCUUUAGACAUGGGAGAACGAAGACGAAUGAAAGUGAAGGGUGACACGGGAGCCAAAUCUUCCGAUCCUCCAUUCGCCGUCUCCACUAUUCACCAGCAGGUGGCGCCUGUGACGAGCUGUCAGGAUGGUGAACAUCAUCAGCCUGUUGGAGAGCGCCAAGUGUCCCGUCUUUCCCAGGCAUGUAGAGUGAAAAUAAUAAUGGGCAAUCAAAUGUGUGUGUAGGGUCAGUGUUGUGUCACACACGUCAACACAACGUAAAUGAGCGGAUAAUGUGUAUCGACGUUGAGGCCACAAAUACCCCUUAGAGUAAAUACUGGCCCAUUGCAGGGGUGAUGUGUAUAUUCUUUUUUCAAUUCAUUUUUUGUCAUCAUGUGUCAUUGUAAGAACAUAUGUCCACUAGCGUGGAUGUGUUGUGUUCAUGUGAAUGCAUCUAAGAGACACACAUGAGGGAAGUGCGAAAUGCUUUUCAGAUGUUUAUUGUGAUGAUGUUGAACCAUCUUGCAGCUCAUGAUUACAAUCUAUUUAUUGUGGUGUUGAUAUUUAGUCAUCCAUCGUCCUACUCGUGUACGUUCCAUCCUUUUCAGGUCACAAAAAAGUUGCUGAAUCAUUUUGUACAUAAUAUGUACAUGCAUGUGU